AUAGGUAGGGUCUAUUUUUUAAUGUCCUUUAUCAUUAUUACCUUUUAUGAAACUUUACUUGAUAUUUGUAAUGAUCACAUCUAUUGUCGUAUAAGUUUAAUUAAUUAAUUGCAUUUCGAUACAUCUAACGAAUUAGGAAAGAUAACAAUACCAAGCAAUUAUAAUACAAAUGAAUGAAAAUAAAAGUAAAUUUUAUUAAAAAAUAUAAGAUCUGGAGCCUCGGACUGGUCCAUUUUAGAUGAUCGAGAGGGAUGUAUUGGGAAAGAAAAGAAGCAGAAAAGGUGCAUCAAUAAAGAUGGCGGGUACAUUGAUAAUUUAUUUGUGAUCGCAAAAUUGGCAAAUCAAUUAAUUUAUUAAUUAAAUUGUUCUACUAUGGACAUAAAAUAUUAUAUAUUUAACGAUAAUGAAGUGGUGCUUAAAUUUAUAAUUGAAAGAAACCAGCUUGCGGAUUUAGAAUGAAAAAACAUCGAAAUCUACUAAAGAAAACAAAGUGAUUUUUAAGGAUGCCGUACACCGUGUAAUAAUUUAUAGUGCAGCAGUUGAAAAUUUUUAAUUUGAAUGUUUAAAAACCACACAAUGUCUUUCAGACUCAAAGUGAAAUAAUGCUGUGGUUAAUGCUAUAUUUUUUCUAUGUGUACAACGAUAAAAUGGCAUUAUUUGAGUUCGGAUAAGUCCUUGUUAUUCGGAAAAUUGAACGAACAAUGAAAAAGUUUGAUUUAGUAUUAGGACAACAUUCCAAAGUGGACUUAAUAAUAUGAAACAAAAAUGUACUUAAAUACUAGUGCGCUUUAAUCCGGUACAUUAAGUGUCGUGAAAAAAUGUCUCAGACUCCUCACAAACCUCUACAAAAAAUGUGUAAAUCUCCAAAAAUUUCCACCUAUCAAACCAUCAAGCAAGAAAAGAUUGAGUACGAAAAUUUAAGUACCAAUUGCACCGUUGUGGGAUCUAAUAAUUUGAAUCUCGUAAAGAAACCUCAAAUAGUUACAAGUGUAUCUCCUGCUUAUUCUAAUCCUAGUCCUGUUUAUCCACCAUCUCCCUAUUCCUCUCCAGCUAGUCUUAAAUCUCCGUCUCCUUCAUUAAAACCACCAACACCACAACCGAAUUUUCCAGUCAUGCAAAUUAUACAAAACAACAUACUAGCAAGACCUAUACAAACAUCACAACCUCAGAAUAUCAUCAAAUUGAAGCCACAUCUGAAUAUUUUGCCCAAACCAUCAGCUAGUCCGCAGCCGUCUCCCAAACCAAGCCUGAGUCCCCAAAUAGUCCUACCUACGAAUCAUCAGCAAACUGCUACAAUUGUACCAACUGCCCAACCAUUGCUACUUAAUCAAAUGCCUAUGCUAACCACCCCGUCAGUUCAGUUUAUUCUUAGACCACAAACGGCUACAAAACUACAACCCCAGAUGCAGACAGCUACUGCAACUCCACAAGGACUCAUCUUACAACCAGGUGGACAGCAGCUAUUACAGAUACAACCACCUAGAUCGCAGCCAAUGGUUAGAGUACUGACUAACGGAAUGCAGUUAACCCCAUCCUCUACUACUACUUAUGUCACACAAGUUGGUACCCAGCAACCUAAUACUGCUAGUCACCUCACACAACAGACCCUAGUAAAUAACACACAAGCGCAACAUGUGGUUCAACACCAACAAUUGAAGAAAAAACCCAAGAACAAAGUUAAAAAAAAGCUUGAUCUGGCAAAUAUAAUGAAAUUGUCUGGUAUCGGUGAUGAAGACGAUAUACAAUUUGAAAGUGACACAUCGCAAAGCGAAAGUGAACAUAAUUCUGUCCCUACAACUCCCCAGCCCCAACAUACAGUUCACAGUACAGUUCAAGCUCAAACGAAUUUUGUUCAUACCGAUACUAAAAAGAAUAUACAGAACAUACAAAUUUCUGCCAUGGCACAACCUACAAUUAAUGCAACAACACCAGUUGUUCAGGUCUUAAAUCAAAAUUUUCAGAGUGGCAUGAUCUCAAAUAGUAGUUCACAGGCAGCUACAGCGCAAGCAAGUAUUCCAUUUAACUCAUUCAUAACUCCAAAUUUUACUAUAAACAACGGCCUAAUGCUUCAAAGAAGUGGUGGUUUCAAAUUAACAAUGGGAGAUGAUGGAAGAUUGAUACUUCAACAUGAUCCUACUAUCAAUACUGACCUACAGUCUCAAAUUAUCUUACAAAGUUUGUUGGGUGGAUUAGUGUUACAACCAUCGAUGGAUCAACAAACUGUACAGCAAACUGUCCAAACAAUUCAACAACAAUCAGUACAAACUAUACAACAACAAACUGUGCAAAGUCAAACAAUACAAACUGUUCAACAGCAAACUGUCCAACCGCAAACUGUACAGCACACAAUACAAUCGUUGCAACCUCAAAUACAACAACAGACUGUCCAACAGACAAUUCAACAUCAAACAGUGAAUGCUUUGCAACAGCCUAUGCAAAUAGUACAACCACAACCUAUACAAAGCAUUCAUUCUCAAGCUCAACCUCUUCAUUCAAUAUCCCAAUCACAAGUACACAGCUUACAGUCACAAAUACAAGGCCAAUUACAGAGUUUGUUGCAACAACAGAAUCACACAGUACAACAUUCGAAUGUACCAACACAAAAUGUACAUUCUCAAACCGUUCAGAGCGUACAAAAUGUUCAGAGUAUGCAACAAAAUUUACAAAAUCUUCAACAGAACGUUCAAAGUGUGCAACAAAAUAUUCAAAGCGUACAACAAAACGUACGCAGCGUUCAACAAAACGUUCAGAGCUUACAGCAGAAUAUUCAAAGCAUACCUCAACAAACUCUCCAACAGCCAGUACAAAAUUUCCAUACGAAUCACUCGCAUCCCCAGAAUCAACCAGUGUUGAAGGUACAACCUUUCCAAAAGUCCCAACCGCCAGUACAAACAGUUCAACCGAUACAACAUCACAUCAGCAAUCAACAACAAAGUCAACAGCAGCAACAACAACACCAACAACAAAAUUUGAGAGAAAAUCAACAGAAUCAAAAUAAUAAUGCGCCACAACCAGCUUCGUAUGUUGUAAAUUUAACUCCUGAUCAAUUGGAGCAAUUGAAGAGGAAUGGUCAGCUAACUGUUAACGGACAAACUAUUUUUAUGCAACGUCCUAAUAAAGAUCAACUUGAUAAAAAAAUAUCACCAAAAUCGAAAACUACCAAGAAGGUGAACAAAAUUCAAAGCAUCAAAAAUAUUUUGCAUGAAACUGAAAACGAACUGGUAAAAGCAAGCAAUAAUUCGGAUCCAAUCAAGGAAAAUGUGAAUAAAUCUGUAGACAGUGCCUUAAACGCACCACCACCUAAACAAACUCUACCUCAAAACCACGUUCAGCCUCAACCGCUGCAACAAACUAAGCCAGUUCAACCCCACGCUUUAGUUCAACCUUCCAUACAGGUACAACCGAAGACAAUUCCUGAUAGAUCGAAAUCUCUUGCUGCACCCGCCAUAUCGCAGAUUCCUAAACAACAGAAAGUGGCACCUACCAUUAUAUCACAAGAUUCGAAUGGCGUCGAUGCAAAUCCUGACGUAGAUAAAAUUCUAGUCCAAAUUCUUGAAGAAUCCAAUAUGAGUAACGUUCCCAAUAGCACAAGUGCUACAGCUCCGACGUCUCAGCCUCAUCAAAGGAUAACAACAAUUCAACUAACACCACAGAAACAACAGCAACUGAAAAAUAUCCAACAUCAGAUACAAUCUUUGUCUGCAAGGUUAACACCAGGAGAUAUGGAACUACAGAAUACCUUGAAAAUGUUAUUCACUGAACAACAGAAAAUUUUGGCAUCUGGAAAAUUGUUACCUAUGGAUAAGGUACAUUAUCACAAUAAUCAAUUGACCAUCAUGAACCCGUCCGCAUUGAAUCCAUCGCCACCUACUCCAGUCAAAAGUGAAUCAAUUGAAGCUCUCAAUUUUGGACCUGCUUUAAAUAAUAGUCAAAAUACAUCGAGGAAUACAACCGUCGAAACACCAACAACUACACGAUAUCAACCAAUUACUACACCAGCACAUUCGGCAGCAAGAAUAUCCGUUUCAGUUCCAUGUAGUGAAACGACAGCUACUCAAACGAUUCAUCAUCUACCGUCUCCGUUACCUCAAAAUAUCCAUCAAACAACAUCUCAUUUUACUCAUAUAUCUCAUUCAGUAUCCUCACAUCAAAUCCCUGCCAUAUCGUUAUCUUCUCUACAUUCGAUUUCUUCACAUCCCCCUAUAUCCAGUCAUCCUAAUAUAACAACCCAUCAACAGCAACAUCAACCGCAGCAUGGAACUAUUAGCAAUUCAAAUGAUACGGUUACUCAGAAUCAUCUACCUACGUCUCAUUGUUCAUCUGGGAUACAUCAAAGUACCAACCAUAAUGUCGUUUCAAGUCAUCAAGUAUCCGGUAAUGCGCCAAAUCAUCUACAUUACAAUCAUAUUGUCAACCAGAGGUUCAAUUGUCCACAACCAAUACAACAAAUUUCUAUGCAGCAACAGCAGAUCCAAAGGCAACAGUUGAUGCAUAAAAAAGCCAAUAUUAUUGAAACUCAGUUGACUAUGGACCAAAACGGAGCUACCAAACCAGACAUUCACACACCAUUCAAAGAUAAAAAAGACGCUUGUAUAAGAUUGAUACGAUACCACUGCUUGGAUCAACCAGUCUUAUCGGAAAAGGACCUUGAUAAGGCAGAUGAAAUUUUUGAAUUAACUGCCCAACAUUUAAUUAGUAAAUUUUCUAGAAUGGAAGACAAGUACAAAUAUUUAUUAAUGAAAGAAAGUAUGCGCCAAGUUCAAACAUCUGAGAUGAUGAUGUUGGAUCGUAUGUUUUUAACCGACGAGCAACAAUCCCUAAUGAAGCUACGACAGGAUUACGAGAAUGAACUACUCAACAUUCCUUCUAAUUCUGAACAAGAAAUGCCUCAAUCAUUACCGCCGCCACCACCUCAACCGCCGCCUCCUCCUUCUCAAUCAACAACACACACAUCACUAUCUACUUCAACGCAAAAUGCUGCAGUUUCGUCAUCGGAACCAUCGUCUGAAGACUACGAUGAAUGGGCGUGCAUUCAACGCGAAUUGGGGUGUUUGCCGCAACAUAUUGAGACUAAAUUAUCCCAGCACAACCAUCCGAAACGUUCUGCUAGCACUGAUUCCAGGUUGGAAACGUUGAAGCGAUUUCGCGUCGAUAAGCAUCAUAAAAAAAGUACAGACGUUAAUUUGUGCGGUGUAAAUAGUAUCGGUAAUAGUGCGCCAAGUACGAUAUAUCACCAGCAAUCGAAAGCAUCCAGUGGUUCGUCUACAUACGAUAGUGCUCAGAAUUGUAGUUUCUCAUCGCAUGAAGACAACGAACCAGAAAAUAAUAGUAUCGACGAACAAGUACAAUCCGCCAUCGAUUCUAUAUUAAAUUUGCAGCAAACUCCUUCACUAGAUUUGGAUAGUAUUUUAUCAUGACGUCAGUUUUAAGUAUGAAUGGAGUAUUGUGUACGAUUUUUUUCUUCUUUUGUUGGGAGUUUUGGUAUUAUAGUUCAUUAUAAGCCGGACUUAGUGAACGUGCUCUUAUGUGCGUCGAUGAGCCUAUUUUUUUGUGAUAUUUUGGGAAGCAAUAUUUAUUUAUGUUGCGACUUUGAUCAAGUACGAUUAAUUAUACGUAAAGCUGAUAGUGUGAAUAUUAAAUACCAAAUGAAUUUUAAUGAUUUUUCUUUUAUUCACGUUUUAGUAGACCAUUGAAUUUGUCCAAAAAGUUAUGGAUUUUAAAGAAAACAGUUGCAACUUAGAAUUUGUUAACCAAAAAAGUCUUUUUAAGGUUUUGUUUAUUUAUUUCUCUUAAUAUACUAUACAAUAAAUAAUUGGUUUUCAAAAAUAUUUCCAAUGUACAAUUAACGCAACCCAAAAAAAUCAAUCCUGAUGUUGGAUGUUACGUAUGUGUCAUUCCGUAUCAAUUUAACAAGGGGUUUGUAUCUUGUCAUCACAAAUUUUCUUGAAAUUUGGCAAAGGUGUUCUCUUGGUACAGACUUGGUCAAAUUUUUGAAAUUUUCAAAAUUUAUUUAAUGAACAGCUGCUAGUGUUAUAAAUAUAGACAUUUAAUGAAUACAACUGUAUACAAAUGAAUACAAUUCAUUUGGCAUACAUCACUUUUGAGUAGAAUAUGAGCUCUAUGAGGAGUUUGGAAAUUUGCUCGGGUUCAACCUAAACCAAAAAAAAAAAAAUACGGCCCCCAAAAAACCACCUUCAGGAAACUGGAAUCAUGAUGAGUAGAAACUCGCCCUUAUUUUCAAUGUCAUCAAUUUUCAUUUUAUACAACUCUUCUCUUCGGUAACCUCCAGUUAAUAAAUAUUUGUCGUCUGGAUCAUUAAAUAAAAACUUAUUUAUUUUCUCUCUUUAGAACAUAUUAGAUUUUUUUAAUUUUCUGCAUUAUCAUAUAUAAUUAAAGUUACUUUUAGUUUAAAAUAGUUUAGAGGACUGAAUUUUUUAGACUUUUCUUGAAAAUAAUAUUAUUCUGGUUCCUCUAUUUCAUAAAAGUGUUAUAUUCCUUUAGAUAGAUUUCUUUGGAUUUGUCUGGAAAAAAAUUUAAUGCUGCCACAUUUGCGUUUUCUAUAAUUUCUUCAGUAUUUCAAACUCGGAAUCUUCACUUUCCACCUUUACAUUAAUAAUAAUAAUUCAAGGUGUUCCGGGACUUGAUACAAAAAAUUCGGGAGUGAGUACAUGACGUGUGUGAGGUGUGACUUAAAAAAAAUUCUCAUACGAGUCUUCGUCAGAUUGUUUUAAUCCUAGCCAUUGUUCAGGUCAGGGAGAAAAUCGUUAACCAACAAAUCUUGAGUCUGCUAAAUGACCAUAAACAUAAAUCAACCGGAGAUUUCCUAGCGUGUGUCACGAAAGCUAUAGAGAAAUAUGAAGAAUCGCACUGGACAUAUCGAACGCUUUUGAAGGGUUUUGACAUGCUAACCUUCUAAACAAAUCAUUUAUCGACUGGCUUAGUAGUUUUCUCGUGGAUCGAACCAUGUAAGUUUCUAUUGAUUUAUACACCUCAGAAAGAUUUGAGCUGGUGCUCCCCAAGGAAGGCAUCUUGUCAUCUACUCUCUUUCUCAACGAUCUACUUGGCAAAACUGCAAACCAGAUAAAUAGCUUCACCGGCGAUAGUUCAAUAGUGUCGUCGACGUCGUCAUCUAACUCUGCAGGCAGGAACAGAUCGCCACCAUCAAUACCGAUCUUGGAAACAUUCUGGAGUAGAAUGGGAGCAAUCUGACUGAGCUGAAAGCAGAAAAGACCCAGGUGGUUGUUUUUACUAAGAAGACUGGUACUUUGGCUCAGAUUUGGUCCUGUUUGGGGUGUUGAGGUUGGGAGUAAUAUGUCCUGGCAUAGUCACAUAGCUAAAUUAGCUAAAGCAGAUUUACAAAAACUUGAAGCUCAAAAAGCUAUAUACUCCGCAACAGCUUCUAAUCCUUUACAAGCCCCAAAUUAAUUUAUAUUUGGAGACCAUGAGGAUGUCGAUUCAAUACAGAAGAGAGCAAUUCGAUUUAUAGGCGAUCCAGAGUGUUCCGGAAACUUGAUAGCUUAGAGCAUAGAAGAAAGGUCGAUGACCUUACCCUGUUUUACUGAUAUUACUGUCCAACAUAAUCCCAACUAGAAUAGUAUCUGCAAUUUAUCUGGAUUCCUUUUUUUUUUGGAGAAGUGCAAGUCUUCGCAAUUGGCUACCAAGGCACCUUUUUAUAUAAAAAAAAUUCACAGGAUUCCCCUUCAUCGAAACAUCCAUUACUGCGAAACUGCAGACUUGUGCGUUUAGGCUCCGGUGUCUAAUGAUGGAAACAUGUUUCAUCUAUGUCUAAUAUGUUUCUUUGAUAUCUUUAUGGCUUCAGCUAUCUCAAUCAACUUCACUUUAAGGUAAUUCGAAAUCAUUAUACUUUUCUUUGCAUCCAUCGUCCUCGGUGCUAAUUUCGCCUUGUUUUAAAUUCAAAUAUUUCUUCUCAAAUAUUGAUUUUCCUAGAACAAAGUCCAAAUAAUGUUAUAAAGUCAAGUCUUGUUAUUCAAUAGUAAUUUUUGCCAAAAUUUAAUGCUUAAUUAAUUUUUUCAAACUAACAAAAAUUGCUUCACUUAAAAUACUAUAACCAUAGACAUAGUAAUUCUAGACUGUUGUAAUAUACAAUUGCUAUAUUGAAGAGUUGUACCAAUUUUAAAAAGAAACAGCCACUGGUCAAAGGUAGAGCUAUCUUUGUUCCACUGUGCGGUGAUUGGUGAUAUAUAACAGUGGAAAGAGUAUGGUACAAGAAACUAAAAGGAACACUUGACAGAGGUAGCUUUACAGUUUCUCAUUCUAAUAUGUGAAGACAAAUUUUUUGAAUUCGCAGUCUAGUUUUACUUUGUCUAUGGCUAUAACUCACAAACUAAUAGUACAACUGUCCCUAUAACAUUAUCUAGUUGAGUCCAAAGUACUAAUUUUCUAUUUUAACUCUCUGGUGUAAUAUUUCAUCCAGGAAAUAGUUUGUUUGGUUUAUUUGUCAGGUAUUGAUAUCAUACUUUGUCAAACGCUUUAGCUAUAUCAUAAGUUUAUUGUCUUUCAAUUGAUCUAUUUCAAUUAUUGAAUGGAUGUUAUCUGUGGUGGAAUGUUCUAGCUGAAUUAUGUUUUUUUGUACACUUAUAUUGUUUAUUCUUCUUAUUUGCAAAUCCUUCGUUCCCUUAAUUAUCUUUUUCUUAGUGUAGAUAUUAUUAUCUCUGAAUUCUCGUACAUGAUUGGAAUAUAUCUUAAUAUCAAGCUUCAUUAUAGCUAAUGUCUUUUAUAUCCCACAACUAAUAAGUCAGAGCCGGAAAAUUAGGUUCUAAAUAGUCUGCGAAAUCUGUACAUUAUUUGUUUGAGCUUCCUCUUUCUUGUUUUUUUUCCUGUAUAAUCCAGUAACUUUAUAUAUAACAGCAUGUGUUAAAUCCGCUGGUUCUGAUUUAUUGCGGACUUGAUUAUGAUGUUUGCUUAAUGGAUCAUCUUUAAACUACAUCAAAAAUCGAAAAAAUUUCAAGUUUUGGUCAUUAAAACUCUAGCUUAUGAAAUCCGGAAGUUGUUAUUUUUUUAAUUAGGAAAACUGUUCUUUUUUUUUUUUCAAUUCCAAUCACCUUGUUGUUUUUGCAAGAUUUUUCGACAACUAUUUUUGUUUUUAUCAAAUUUCGCUACAGCCCUCUACUUUUAAUCCUCAAAUAAGGGGAUUUCGAUCAUUUAUAUGACAAUAAUUUUAUGACUCGAGGCCUAAAGUAUUGGGAUUAAAUUUGUGUUGCGUUAAUUGUUUCUACUUCCCCCCUAUGCACUCCCUUGAGUGUUGGAGGAAUACACUAGAUAUAAUUUAUGAAGAACGAUGUAAUUAAUAUUUGUGAAUAGUAUACUACAAAAGUGUAAAUAGUUUUAACAAUGCGAUAAAACUUUGUAAUAUAAAGCUGAUUAGCUUAUUAUAGUAGAAUGAACCGAAAAAACAAUUUGUGUAUAUAUCUGUAUGUAUAUUUAUAUUAAAUUGACAUCUAAGAGGCAAGUAAACCUAAAACAAA